GGCCCCCGAGGUAGAGCCUGGACGGCGCGGAGGAACGCGGAGCGGCGUGCAGCCGGCUCGCCCGCGCGUGACGGCUGUCCGGCCUCGCGCCCGCCUGAUCCCUCCGGCCCGGACCCCCCCUGAAAUAUGUUCAGGGGCGCUUGGAUGUGGCCCGGGAAAGACGCCGCCGCGCUGACUAUCUGCUGCUGCUGCUGCUGCUGGGCUCCCAGGCCGAGCGACAAACCUUGCGCUGACUCUGAGCGGGCGCAGCGAUGGCGACUGUCCCUGGCGUCCCUGCUCUUCUUCACCGUGCUGCUCGCUGACCAUCUGUGGCUGUGCGCGGGGGCCCGGCCCCGGGCCAGGGAGCUGAGCAGCGCCAUGCGGCCGCCCUGGGGGACCGGCCGGGAGCGGCAGCCGAUGCCUCCUCGCGCGGUGCUGCCCCUGCCGCCGCCGCCGCCGCCGCCGCCGCCGCCCGGCGAGCCCAGCGCGCCCCCGGGCACCUGCGGCCCCCAGUACAGCAACCUGACCAAAGCCGCCCCCGCUGCCGGUCCCAGGCCGGACUGCGGUGGCGUCCCAGAGCCCACGGGGCUGGAUGCAGCUUGCACCAAAUUGCAAUCUUUGCAGAGACUUUUUGAACCGACAACCCCAGCCCCCCCACUGCGGCCCCCUGACUCCUCUUCCCGUGCCCCGGCCGAGUUCCCCUCCGCCAAAAAAAACUUGCUCAAAGGCCACUUUCGGAACUUCACUCUCUCCUUUUGCGACACCUACACGGUCUGGGACUUGCUGCUGGGCAUGGACCGCCCCGACAGCCUGGACUGCAGCCUGGACACCCUGCUGGGGGACCUGCUGGCUGUAGUGGCCAGCCCGGGCUCCGGGGCCUGGGAGGUUUGUAGCAACUGUAUCGAGGCAUACCAGCGGCUCGACCGACAUGCUCAGGAAAAAUAUGACGAGUUCGACCUCGUGCUGCAUAAAUACUUACAGGCAGAAGAGUACUCAAUCCGGUCCUGCACGAAAGGCUGUAAGGCUGUCUACAAGGCCUGGCUGUGCUCAGAAUACUUCAGCGUGACCCAGCAGGAAUGCCAGCGCUGGGUGCCCUGCAAGCAAUACUGCCUGGAGGUGCAGACCCGGUGCCCCUUUAUACUCCCUGACAAUGAGGAAAUGGUGUACGGAGGGCUUCCUGGCUUUAUCUGUACAGGGUUGCUGGACACUUUGCCAAAGCGGCCGGAAACCAAGUGCUGUGAUGUACAGUGGGUCUCCUGUGAGUCGGAGAAGAAGAAGUUCAAGGAGACUGAGGCCCCCAAAACCCACCACCAGCAAUUCCACCACUCUUAUUUCCACCACUACCACCAACAGUACCACCACUACCACCCCCGCCAUGACCCCCCAGGCCACAUCAGCCACAAGCCCUCCCUGCUGCCGGUCUCUGGGGGCUCCCGCCUCAGCCCCAGCAGGAUCCGGCUCUAUGUCCUUGUUCUCAUGCUCCUCCAUACCAUGGUGUCCUUCUCCAGCAGCCAGGGUGGUGGAGGACUGGGGCUGGAAGCACUGCCGGCCCUAGAUGAGGGCUUGACUCGGGAAGAGUGACAGCAGGGAGGGAGGGCAGACCUCCACCACACACAGACAUCAGCUCCAGCCCCCCCCAGGGGGAGGGGGAGGGGCUCCUCCCAUGGGAGGUAUAGGGUCAGGUGGGGGGCUGGGGGAAAUGGGGGGCCACACAUCACCCCCAACCUACCCCUACCCCAGAAGCAGCUCCAACAGAACGGCCAGAGGGCCCCAGGGAGCUGCAAAACUCAUCCGGGAGAAAAAGGCAGGAGCAGCAGAUGCCCCCCCUCAGGUCCCUAUCUAUGGGGCUUAGCAAAAAAAAAAAAAAAAAAAAAAAAAAAAAAAAGCGGUGGAGUGGGGGCUGGAAGUACCCACUCCUGCUGAGGGUCCUGACCCUAGGGAAGGAGGCUGCUCACUGGGCCUUGGCCCUGCAGGGAAUGUUGGAGGGCACAGAGAGGAGAUGCUCUUUCCCCCCUCCGCAUUCCUUUUGUUGCCAGGAUCCUUAAUUCCCUCCUGCCCAUACCCCUACAGGCAUUGGCAGACAGUGCAGCGGCCCUCCUCCCACUCCUGCGCACCUUGCCCCAUGUGGGGCCGCCACAGGGAAGCACCAAGCUGGGAGAUGAGGUGCACAUAGUCAUGGCUAGGUUGAGGCCCCAGUGAUGCUUUGCCCCACCACCCUAGGCCAUGAGGGGUAGUCAUGGGGUACAGGAUGAGUGAUGAGAGAGAGUGGAGAUAGGGAGGGGAGAGAGAAGGGGAGGUGGGAGGAGGAGAGGAGGGGUGAGAUGCAGUCAAAGGGCCUAGAGAGAUAGCUGAAUGGUCUAUAGUCACCUGGCUUGGGGAAGAUGGAUGAUCAAUGUUGACACAGGCUCCAGGACAGCUCUUCAAAUCAGAAAGGGUGGCAUAAAGAGUCCUGUGGGGAAAGAGCACAGGAACUUGGGUGUUGGGCCUUGAAACAGAAGGCUGAUAGCACAUGGUCAGACUGCCACUGUCUGAAGGGCCAUUAUCUUACAGAAGGUGCACAUACUCCCAAGGGCCACUCUUGCCCUGGAGAUCUUGGCCUUGAGGCCAAAGAUGUUUCCAUUCCUGAUCUCCAUGGGGAGGAGGGACUUAAGCCCAAGUGGGUCAGGCCUGGCCUGGGUCCCCAUACACCCUCAUUCUGUCCUAGCCCAGGCCUCCAUGAAGGAGAACCUGGUGGCACUGCCCCAGGGCUUUCCAGAGAUGAGCCUCCCCCGUCCCCACCCUGUCCCCAUCCCCAGCCUACCAAAGAGUAUUCAUCCCUUCCCAUCCCAGACCCCGUGGGUUACUAUCUGAAUUGUGGAACAACCAGACUCUUCCUCACCCUGUAGCGGGUCCCCUGAUCCAGCCACUCCUGCCCCUUACUGGUGAAGGUCCAGAGACAGGCAAGUGGACCCACUGAAUAAAGAUGAUGUGCUGUUGUCUCUUGGCUGAGACACUUGAAUUGCUUAGGCAGGCUAGAGGGCUAGACAAGAAAAGAGGCAUUGAGAGCCCCCUCGGGGGCUGUCAGCCUUGUGCUGAUCUCCUGGCAGUGGGAGGCCACAUUGCCUGGGACAUCUAAAAACCGAUACGAGUGGACAAGAAAGGGAGCCAGAACUGUGUUCCUGGGACAGGCCAAGGGGCUUUUGGUGCCAGAAGGGCCCAUGUCCUAGGCUGUGAUGCCAGUAAGGACAGGGCUGGGCCUGGAGCUGCAUCCGAAGAAGGGGAUGGGGAGGGGAUAGCUGGAAGUGGUUGGCAGGGGAGAGAUGGGAGACCUCCCUAAGGAAAAAGGGAAUCAUCCGAGGACCUCUGCUGGGUCCCAAAUAGGCUCUACGAGACUGGGGAGUCCUUCCCUGCCAGUUUUCUCAUUUGUCACAGCCUGUUUCCUGCCCCCGACCCCUGUGCCCUGCCCACAGCACUUCCGGCCUAGCCACAUGCCCUAUCCCUAGAGUGCUCUUUUCAGCUGGGGAGGGGAAGAGGUGCUGGCUCCUUUCCAGAGAUGCUUCUGUAGAUGUGAGAGAUCCUAGGUCCUGCCUUCUAACUCCUGCAUCCUCAGGAGGCAAAAAGGGACUGGGAAGUAAAGGGGGGCCUUAGGACCCCAAAGAAUGGACCCUUGGAGACUCCCAUCCUCUCUUCCCCCUCACCAAGUGCCCAGGAGACCCCUGGCUCAGACCAGCCCAGGGCCUUGCCCAGUGGCAGGGGAAAGGGGCACCUCACUCCACCUCGAAGUCAUUUGACUAUCCCUGUCCACCUCACCUCCCAGAUCUUCCGCCACCCUUCCAGCUGCCCCUGCCCUCUGUCACAGGUAGCAGAGCUGGGCAGCUUUCUUAUGCCAUUUUCUACACUGUGCUUCAUGAGUAGAACUUUCUUGCACUAGUUCCUACGACUGAGUCUCCAACCUGGAUUCCGAGUAGUCCCCUGUCCCUUCCCUCCUCACCUGGCUAUGAUUCAGUUGUCCCCCUUCCCCUGCCUCUGUGUUUCGGUGAGAGUCUAUGUAUGUGUACUGCUUUCUGUUUUGUUGCAUUGUGGGGCAGAGGUCUCUCUGCUCUCGUUUAACCCCAUAAAGAAAUAAAUGGUAAGACUUGAUGAUAA